GAAAAAAAAAAAAGCAGGGGGGGGGAGAAAAUAUAAAGUAUUAAAAUCAGGUGACUUUUCGAGAAAUUCUCGUGAAUUCCAGCCUCCACGCGGCUUUUAAGCUGUCACGAAUUCGAGUAGAGGGGAAACCGGAGAAGACCGGAUGUGACCUCAGUGUCACAAACGGGGCCCGUGCCUCGCCGUGCACCGAGAUUCGAGAUUUAGUGGGGAUUACCGGCAGUCGCAAUUCUAUCCUGCUAGAGCGCAGACAGGGAUUUUCAAGCGAUCCAAUCAGGAGGAGGCUUUGAGUCGCCCAAUCAGAGGUGGAGAAGCUCUAUAAAAGCCCGCGCUACGCGGCUGCUUUCAGCGUCUCCGUUAUCAGAGAACAGGACGGGGGUUCUUCGCGAUGGCGCGCACGAAGCAGACGGCGCGUAAGUCGACGGGCGGCAAGGCGCCCCGCAAGCAGCUGGCCACCAAGGCGGCCCGCAAGAGCGCGCCGGCCACGGGCGGCGUGAAGAAGCCGCACCGCUACCGGCCCGGCACGGUGGCGCUGCGCGAGAUCCGCCGCUACCAGAAGUCCACGGAGCUGCUGAUCCGCAAGCUGCCCUUCCAGCGCCUGGUGCGCGAGAUCGCGCAGGACUUCAAGACCGACCUGCGCUUCCAGAGCUCGGCCGUCAUGGCGCUGCAGGAGGCGAGCGAGGCUUACCUGGUGGGGCUCUUCGAGGACACCAACCUGUGCGCCAUCCACGCCAAGCGCGUCACCAUCAUGCCCAAGGACAUCCAGCUCGCCCGGCGCAUCCGCGGGGAGCGCGCCUGAGGCGCAGCCCAUCCCCCUUCUCUUCCGGCAGAGGCCGAGGCAGCCCAC